GACUUGUUUUUUUCGCAUUUUGGCAUUAUCCGUGUACUUGUAUGUUGUUCAUGAACUGAAAUGAAGAACUGUUUAUUCAGCGUCAAUCUGCGAAUGCGAAGAAGUUUGUUUAUUAUUAUUCGUAUUUUUAUUAGGAACGAAGCAUAAGGUAUAAAAUAUUGAUAGUUUUCUACUUUAAAUCUCAGCUUCAUUAUGGCUGAUCCAUUGAGUUUUCUUCGGAAGUACAAUGUAAAUAAAAAGCCAAUUAAUGAAAGAAAUAACCAAAUUAUUUUUGGGGAAUAUUCAUGGCCUAAAACAGUGAAAACUAACUAUCUUGUAUGGGGCUCUGGGAAAGAAGGGACUCCAAAGGAAUAUUACACACUAGAGUGCCUGCUUUUUCUAUUAAAGAAUGUGACAUUGUCUCACCCUGUCUAUGUCAGACAAGCUGCUGCUGAAAACAUUCCUGUAGUACGUCGUCCGGAUCGUAAAGAAUUAUUGGCAUACUUAAAUGGAGAUACUAGUACUGUUGCUAGCAUUGAUAAAAGUGCACCCAUUGAAAUCCCCACAACAGUUAAACAUGUUUAUGAGGAACAGAAUCAGCAAGAAGUUGUCAAAAAGCCUAGACUUGAGGAAGGUGAAGUACAAAGAGCUAAAGAUCAGCUGGCUGCAAGGCUUGCUUCACCCAAAGAAGCAUCUGUAACUACCGAACACAUACGGUCUUUAUCAGAUGCUAUGUCUGUGGAAAUGAUUGCUGCUAUUAAAGCUAAGCGUCUUGCUAAAAAGCGUUCUACUAUUAAUAUUGAUGAUGAAGUGCCUGCCAAUUAUACUGACAUUCAAAGAAUUUUGGAUUAUGAUGUAGAUGUAACUAGAGAUAUUAUUAGUCGAGAAAGACAAUGGAGAACAAGAACUACUAUUCUUCAAAGCACUGGGAAAAAUUUCCAGAAAAGCCUUUUCCCUGUUCUUCAGAGCAUUAAAGCUCGAGAAGAAGGUGGUCAUAAAUUAAAGGUUGAAACUGUCCAAACACCAAGGGCUACUCCUGUUCGACCAACCACACAGCCAGUUGUGUAUAACAGAUACGAUCAGGAAAGAUUUAGAAGCAAAGAAGAAACUGAGGGUUUCAAGAUUGAUACUAUGGGGACUUAUCAUGGUAUGACACUUAAAUCUGUAACGGAGGGAAGUCAACCUAAACGCCCUGUUACUCCAGUGCAACCAGUAGAAAAGCCUCUUCCAGUCACAAGCUCUUCUCGUCAACCAACCAAAAGAGUUUCCAAAACUCCUAUUAUUAUAAUUCCUGCUGCCACUACUUCCCUCAUCACGAUGUACAAUGCUAAAGAUCUGUUGCAAGAUUUAAAAUACGUUGAUACAAAUGAGAAAAAGAUGCAGGGCUGUAAGAGAGAAAAUGAAGUUCUAAUUCAAAGAAGGAAAGAAGGUGGCUUAUCUGUCCCUUAUCGAGUGAUUGACAACCCAUCUAAAUUGGUAGAUGAUGAAUGGGACCGAGUUGUUGCUGUGUUUGUGCAAGGUCCAGCAUGGCAAUUCAAAGGAUGGCCAUGGAAUGGCAACCCAGUGGAAAUAUUUACGAAAAUUAAAGCAUUUCACUUGAAAUGGAUUGAGAUGAAAUUGGAUGCCAAUGUUGGAAAGUGGGCUGUUCAUGUGAUUGAACUUAACAGAAAUAAACGACAUUUGGAUAGAGCAAAUCUAUUGAAGUUCUGGGAAAUUCUUGACAACUACAUGAUAAAGCACAAGCCGAACCUUCGAUUUUAAAUUUGUAAAUAGUUCUGCUGAAUAGUCUACAAAAUAGAUUUUUAAAGAAUUACCAGAUACUUCUGCAUACUUGCAUAUUGAUGUAUUAUUAUACUGUAUAUAUUUGUUUUCUUGAAUUUGAAUAAAUGUUUUAUUGUUUAAAAA